CGCCGGGGAUGGGAGCCGCGGCGGCGGGGCCGCGAGCGCGCAGGGGCCGGGGCGGUGGGCGCAGCCCCCCGGGGCGGCCCGGCCGCGCCGCCGCGUAGCCGCGGGACAUGCCGGAGCGGCCGCGCAGGGUGCGGGGCGCCGCCGCCGCGGAGCCCCGGGGGCAGCGGCGCGCCGGGCCGGGCCGGGCCAUGCCCGGCGGCGCGGCCCCAUGGAGCCAUGGCGCAUAGGGCGCCGAGCGGGCGGGCCCCGGCUGCGGCUCCGGCUCCGUCCCGGCGGCUGGCGCGGAGGGUCCUCGUCCUCUUCACGCUGUCUCUCUCCUGCUCCUACCUCUGCUACAGCCUCCUCUGCUGCUGCGGCGGCCCCGCCGCGCCCCGCGCCCGCUGCGCGCCCGCCCGCAGCGCCGCCGCCGCCAAGAAACUUCUGCAGAAGUCGCGGCCGUGCGGGCGGCCGCCCCCCGCCGAGCCCCCGGGCAGCGCCGCGCCCGCCCGCCGCCCGCGGGAGCCCCCCGCGCCGCCGGCCCGCAGCCCCCCGGGGCCGGCCCGCCCGGGCGCCAAGCGCCUGCCGCAGGCCAUCGUGGUGGGCGUCAAGAAGGGCGGCACCCGCGCCGUGCUGGAGUUCAUCCGGGUGCACCCCGACGUGCGCGCCCUGGGCACCGAGCCCCACUUCUUCGACAGGAACUACGACCGCGGGCUGGAGUGGUACAGGAGCCUGAUGCCGCGAACGCUCGACAGCCAGAUCACAGUGGAGAAGACCCCCAGCUACUUCGUCACCAAGGAGGCACCACGACGAAUCUUCAACAUGUCCAGGGACACGAAGCUGAUCGUGGUGGUGAGGAACCCGGUCACCCGGGCCAUCUCGGACUACACGCAGACGCUCUCCAAGAAGCCGGACAUCCCCACCUUCGAGGGGCUUUCCUUCCGCAACCGCAGCCUGGGGCUGGUGGACACGUCCUGGAAUGCCAUCCGCAUUGGGAUGUACGCCGUGCACCUGGAGAGCUGGCUCCAGUACUUCCCUCUCUCCCAGAUCCACUUUGUCAGCGGGGAGAAGCUGAUCACGGACCCAGCUGGGGAGAUGGGCAAAGUCCAGGACUUCCUGGGCAUCAAACGGGUUAUCACAGACAAGCACUUCUACUUCAACAAGACAAAAGGUUUUCCUUGCCUGAAAAAGUCAGAGAGCAGCGGCUUGCCUCGCUGCCUGGGCAAGUCCAAAGGCAGGACUCACGUGCAGAUAGAUCCCGAGGUGAUCGAGCAGCUUCGGGACUUUUAUAGACCUUAUAAUAUCAAAUUCUAUGAAACAGUUGGGCAGGACUUCAGGUGGGAAUAAGCAUCUGGGAGCCGAGCCGCAGUGACGUGAGGCUGCAGUCUUCCAUGAGGGGGACCCAGGGGGGCUGGAGCCAGGACGCCCUGGCCAGCCCGUCCCGCUGAAGCACAGAAUCCGUGAGCAGAGGCAGGCAAGGGGCUCCCCCAGCCCUCGGGAGGCUGGGAUGCUCCAGGGCAAGCCGAGAAGGGGGAAGACAGAGUCGUGCUGCAGCCACCGGGGGGUGAGUGCCCGGCAGGCACUGCCCGUCCCAGCGGGUCAGUGGUGCCGUAGCUCACGCCGUGGGGUCCCAUUUGCUUUUACCACUGUGCGGUCCCUGGGGCCAUGGUGAUAGCCCCAUCUUGCAGCCCAUUUACAGGCUGCUCCAAGGCACAUCCCUCCUCUGUGUCUCGAAGCAAACCAGCACUCCCGGGCACCCCCUAAAUGUGAGCAGCAGCCGUGGGACUGUCCCCGCGGGGCCGUGUCCUGCUGCGGUGCUGGGGCGGGCAGAGCUCCGGCCGCUCCGCUUUGCCUUUCGUCACUUAAGCGCAGUGUGAACCAUAAGGACUGUGAGAUGUAUCUGCUUGAAAAAGAAGUCUAUGAAAAAUGGUGUACUGAUAUUUUGUCCUGUGAAUAAAGCACAGAAACCUGCUGUUACGGGUACUUUAGUGGCACUAGUUUCCUUGUUCAGCAUGUGAUCCCUUUGUGUAAAUAAAAGUGGCUUC